CACCAAUUGGCAAACCAAGCCCCAAUUUAUAAAUCGAGCUCUUCACCCCCUAAUCAACUAGGGUUUAUCAGACACUUGAAGGCACCGUCUUCCAGGCGUAUCUUCCCACUAGCAGUCAAAAUGGUUAAGGGACGUCAAGGCGAGCGCAUCAGACUCUAUGUCAGGGGGACAGUCCUUGGUUACAAGAGAUCGAAGUCGAACCAGUAUCCAAGCACCUCAUUGGUUCAGAUUGAAGGAGUGAACACUAAGGAGGAAGUGGGUUGGUACCAGGGAAAGCGUAUGGCUUAUGUCUACAAGGCUAAGACAAAGAAGAACGGAUCUCACUACCGUUGCAUCUGGGGAAAGGUCAGUCGGCCUCAUGGAAACAGCGGUGUCGUAAGAGCUAAGUUCAAGUCCAACCUGCCGCCCAGAGCCAUGGGAAACAGUGUUAGGAUUUUCAUGUAUCCUAGCAAUAUCUAAGUGAAGAAGAUGAAGAAUAGGGUUACUGCUGCAGUGCUUCAAGGAGUCUACUCUUUAUUUAUAAAAUUUUCAGAGUUAAACUUCCUGUGUUUUUCAUAUUUACUAUUUAGACAUCGUUGUGUGUUGUAUGAACAAACACAUGGUCUAUUACAUCUGUCAUUUGACAUCCUUUUUAACUGCAAUAUCUAUUUUGAUCACAAAAGAACUUGAAGGCAUUUCUUCUGUUUUGUUCCAUUUAGAUCGUUCAUGACAGCAUUGUUUUCUACACAUCUUGAUUAUCAGUUGCUGCAUUGCGCCCUGUAUUUGACCUUUUUAAUCCCACCACCUCCCCCUGUUUCACUUUGAACUAUAGGAACCGCCGAACCGGCACUGGUCAGCCAAGAAUACUCUGGCUGUUGUAUAUUUGCGUAUUACUAAUAUGACUGAAACAUGAUAAGGUGACAUGCGUAUUAAGAAAAUGAACUGGUACAUGAGUUCAUCCCUCUGUUUACAUGAAAAGCCAUAUGGUUUGAUUGCAUUGUUUGUUUAGUGUUAAUAUUGAUGUUAACUAAGAGGGUAGAUUAGAGGAAUAAAAAGUGAAGCGACCGUUGCCUGACCUGGCAGCUUAUAGAUGAAGCUGCAGAUCUCUGAUAUAGCCUUUAGUUCACCCUGGCCUGUGCCUUAACUAUUUAGAAGGGCUGCACUUUGACUUUUAGACUUUACAAAAAC